AUGUGUGAAAAAGGAAGAGGAGUGACGAUGGUUCUCCACCAACCAAACGGAGACUGGACGGAGGUCCGACGGAGGAAAAACAACAACAAAACCCAGGUGAGCAAAAAUGACAUUACUAACUUCUACGUGGCGGGAUUCCUUGAUGGAACAAGAAAGGAGGAGUUACGGAAACCAUUCGAUAGAUUCAGGAAGGUAGUGGAUGUGUACUUUGGCCUCAAAAAAGAUUACCACAAGAAGAAUUUUGCAUUCGUCAGGUAUGUCAACAUCGCAGAUGCCAAGGAAUUGGAGAACAAACUACAAGGUACCAGAUGUAAGAAUACGGUACUAGAAGUCAACAUCUCGAAGCACCAACGUAAAACCACCCUACGUCGGUCCCAUGAAUCUCGUCAACAACCCACAAAAGGGCAGACAACACCUCCGAGCACCUUUCACGGUGCCCCCACGCAUAUACCGGCGAUGAAAGAUAACAUAACUUGUGCUCAAGUAACAUCCGAUUGGAACAGGCGGGAGCCAAAGAACACAACUCCUCCAGUAGAACUCAACCCAAACACCCAAAUGAAGGAAUGGAUAAAGAAAAAUGUAUUGAUUGGAGAAAUGUAUAGCCUGGACCACAUUGCUACCUUACAUGUCACUGGUAUCAUGAACGAGGAAACAAAGUACCUCGGUGGUCUCAGACUCGCUAUCAGAUUUAAGUACUCUGUCGGUGCUAUAGAGUAUCUGAAUGAUAAGAAUCGUUGGAAGGACUAG